GAGAGAGAGAGAGAGGGACAGAGAGACAGUGAGUAAGAGAGGAAAGCUGCCAGGACAGCCCACUCAGUAGCCAAUCAGCAGACACGAUGGGGGUGGGAUGCUUGCAUUCAAACAGACAAGAAAGUCGUGUGGUUGUCUUCCCGCGCUGCUGCUGCUGCUGCUGCUGCUGCUGUUUCUCAUCCACCUUGAAUCCACCAUAUUCCCAUCAUCCACAAAUCCCAACCUUCGUCGUCCUUUUCCCAUCAUCCUCAUCACCACCCUUCUUCUCUUCUUUUCCUCCCCCAACAACCACUGCGCCGCCUUGACUUUUCAGUGCGCACUGUCUUUCCGCCCGUCUCUUCCGCCCUCUUCGCGCGUUUCUGCCUGCGCCGUAUUAUAUCUUUGUUUCUCCAUCUGUGUACCGGUCGCUGUGCGGUCGUUUGCCUGGUCUCCGCGAUAUCAAUCUCUCGCUUCGCGCGCGAGCCGCCUUGCUUGCAACUAUACAUCAACACCCGCCCCCGCUAGACGAGCCACCCGCGAUUUGCAUAACCUCAUCCCGCCCACUCGAUCGACACUUGACGCUUCUACUCCUUCCAAGCCGUUGCGCUGCUACACUCCUGUAUAUUGUCCCGAGAAGAAAGGGAAAAUAAAAAUAAAAAUAAAAGAUACACACCGCUUCCAAGUCCACACUGUCGCUCUCGUUACCACCAAUUUUGGACCUCUAGAACCGCUUCCAGGUUAAAAAUCAAGGUUAAAAAUAUUCCGGUUGAAGAGCAAGGUUGAAUAAAGAGCUCCAUCUUCUUGGCCAUCUAUAGACCAGCACUACUGUCACUCGUCUCCAUUGUUGGACUAUCCUUCCUCCGCCACCGCUAGCAGCGCGCACACCGCACGACUAUUAUUUAGCA